CGAGGCAUGGCGCUGCUCUCUGUUCUCACGCCAGUUCUGGCUCUGGCUCUGUGCAUGGUGAUGGGGUUUUUGCUGGUGAGAUCCCGUCACGCUGAGAUAAAGCCAGUUGGCGGAAAGUCUCAAGAGAAACCGGCACCGUGGGUGGACCAAGACUUGCAGGACGACACGGAAAUUUCAGCAAAGGAAGAUGAAGACAAUGACUGGGCGGACAAUAAAGGAGAAGAAGAGGACCUCCCACAUGUCCCAUACAAACCGCAGCAGUACCCUGAGUCAGAAAUGGUGCACAGGUCAGCGGACUUCUACACUCUCAUGAACCAAAGGAGGUCAGUCCGGUUCAUCAGCCCUGAAGCGGUCCCACGAGAAGUCAUCGAUAAAGUCAUACAAACUGCAGGGACUGCACCUAGUGGCGGGCACACGGAGCCCUGGACGUUUGUUGCCGUCUCUGACCCAGACGUGAAGCACCAGAUUAGACUGAUAGUGGAAGAAGAGGAGGAGAUGAACUACCGCCAGAGGAUGGGGGACAAGUGGGUCCAGGAUUUGGCCAAAUUAAAGACAAACUGGAUAAAAGAAUACUUGGAUGUGGCGCCGUACUUGAUUCUCAUCUUCAAGCAGACGUAUGGGAUCCUUCCGAACGGGAGGAAAAAGACUCACUACUACAAUGAAAUCAGUGUUUCUCUGUCAUGUGGGAUUCUACUGGCAGCACUGCAGAACGUGGGUCUUGUCACCGUGACCUCCACUCCUCUAAAUUGCGGCCCACGUCUCCGACAGCUUCUCAACCGUCCAACAAAUGAAAAGCUACUGAUGCUGCUCCCUGUUGGCUACCCUGCUGUCGAUGCCACUGUGCCUGACUUGGAGCGCAAAUCUCUCAACAAAAUCCUGGUGCACGUGUAAGACAAUGUUUUCAAUAAAUAGUGCCUGAAACAUGUGAACUUUAAUUUUUGAAAAUAUGUCAUUGUUGGCCCUGUCGUUGUUGUGUCAGGACCCAUUUAAAAAAAAAUUCUACUUUUGUACUUUAAUCCAUGUCUUUGCUUUCCUUGUUGUGCAGAU